GUGGACGCAAAGGGCACACACAUCAUCAUCCUCAUCUGCAGCCAAGGUCGGUAAAUCGCCUGGCUACCUGCGAAUCCUCGAUCACAUCAUCAAUGGUCUUCAAGAGCCUUCAAGAUUUCAACACUUAAAGAAUCUCGAAGAGGCGACGUUUUUGUCCGAGACUCGGGAGGCUCAGGCCGUCUUCAAUCUAAGAUAUUAGAGGCUAUCAACCCUGAAAUUCUUGCCAUGCUGCAGAUUGACAGACUCGAUCUGGAAUCUCUGCUUCAGGCGAGAACGUACGAAUAUACAGCCGACGGCUCGUGUCCUUGGGCAGUUCAUCUUCAUGUCAUCUGCAACC